CUCUGAAUCUACUCCCGGGUUCAGUAAGUCUCUUGAGACAUUAGGGCACCGCGGCUGGAUUGCCCCAAAAGUCCGAAUAUGUCUUCUGAAGCGUCAUCAGCUGUCUCGGCCAGCAUGAAGAAGGAUAAGGAAAAGUCUAAGAAGCGAAAGCUCGAAGACGCCGAGGAGCCGCAAGGCGUCGAAAAAUCCGAGCGCAAGAUCAAGAAGUCCAAAUCCAAAUCCAACAGGGAAUCUGAAGAUGCUGCUCCGGAGGCUAAGGUGAAGAAAGACAAAGAAAGAAAAAAGGUUAAAGAAGAAAAGGCUGCGAAGGACGAAGCUGUGGUAGCGGCGGAUCAACCCAAACCUGAAGGAGAGAAAAAGUCUAAGAAGGCCAAGAAAUCGAAAGACAUCUCUACAUCUAUCGAUGGUGCCGAUGGAAAAGGCCCAGACGCUGUGAUCGAGGAUGCGGCGUCGCAGAACAAGAACGAGCCAGCGAAGAAAGAGAAGAAAGCAAAAUCUUCUGAAGCAGACAAGGAUGACUUCGCAGAAAACGCCGAUGUUGUGAAUCUUGCUCACGAGAAACCAAAGAAGAAGUCAAAGAAGUCCAAGGAUACGGAGGACGCAGGCCUGGAACGUAGCGACACCGAUGACGCGGAGACGAAGAAGUCCAAGAAGUCCAAGGACGACGAAGGUGGUGCUCACGGCACGACCGACGGUGCCGUUGCAAGCGGAGAUCCACCGGCGAAGAAAAAGUCCAAGGCCGAGAAGAAAGGUAAAGGGACUUCUCGGAAUACCGAAGCUGCCGCAGAGACCGAGGCAAGCGAUGCCGCUGUGGAGACGAACGCAGCGGCCGAAGGCGGGAGCAAUCCGGCAGACGCGGAUGCCACCGCGAAGAAAAGCAAGGCAAAGUCGACUGACGGGUCGAAAUCACGAUUCAUUGCGUUUGUUGGCAAUCUUCCGUACGACAUCACGCGGAAAGCUCUGGAAGAGCACUUCAAGAAGAUCCCUCCAAAGUCGAUCCGCAUGCCUCAUUCCAAAGACACGUCGAAGCCGAGAGGCUUCGCCUUUGUGGAAUGGGACGAUUGGGACAGGCUGCAGACGGCCUUCCAACUGUAUCACCACACGGAGAUCAGCACCGACGGCGGAAAGACGAAAAGAAAGAUCAAUGUCGAAAUCACAGCCGGCGGAGGUGGCAACAAGAGCCAACACAGGAAGGAGAAGAUCAAGAGCAAGAACGAAAAACUGAAUGAAGACCGUAAGCGAUACGCCGAGCGACGAAAGGAGCUAGAGGAGGCGGCCAAGAAGGCCAAAGAGGACGGCCAUGGCGACAUCCAUCCGAGCAGGAUGGCGCAGAUAAACAUGUGACGUGCAGUCGGCAUGAUCUUCUCUGUGCAGACUUUGUUUCUUUCCCUCUUCUCUUUCGAUUCACUUGUCCGGCUCCGCUUCGGCCAUCUCUUUCCAACUUUUUCCGUGACGACUCGUUGCUCAAGGCUUUGGCAACCUUGUGUAUAGCAUGAUGAGGAAGGAUCAUCUUAUUUUGUACUGCUAUUCUUCACUCUGUCAGACGCCUAUCCGCUGGGUCUAGUCACUGGAACGUCGUUUCGGCAAAAGACAUGCGAACAUUUGUUGAUGCUGUUGUCUUGACGGCAGAGAUCGCCUGGAUUGUGUGGCUGACAGGCUACGCGACUGGCCUGACUACGACCCUCAAUCAUGAAGCAAGCGAUACCGUGCUGUUUGGGACGUUUUCCAACGCCAAAACGCAUGAAGCGCUUGAUUACAAGCUGUGUACAGGAAGCGUUGAUACAUGGCUAAAACAUCGCUCGGAAUACCCGUCGAGUCAAUAAGCCAUCGAUAUCAGAUAUUCUUCGGCUUUGGCAUUGCGUGCUCUGCUGAUCAAUUGCCUCUCCAUGACACUUUCACACUUCCUGGCAUCCAGUCAGUAAACUUGUGCACUCGUGCAUAACGUCCUCACUUCAUGUCUUCAGCUGAACAGAAAAAUGCAAGAGGAUUUAGCGGCGUAUCUUCGCAAAGCCAAUCAAAUUUUUCUUUAUAAUUGCAAAGACUGCUUGGGCCUUCGUUCUUCUACGUCUAAG